CUUUAAACCCUAAUUCUCAUUUCUCCAUUCUAUCACACUUUCUAGAACUCAUGGGGAAGGUCAAGAUCGGAAUCAACGGAUUUGGAAGGAUCGGCCGUUUGGUGGCUAGGGUUGCUCUGCAGAGAGACGAUGUUGAACUUGUUGCUGUUAACGAUCCCUUCAUCACCACCGACUACAUGACAUACAUGUUCAAGUACGACUCAGUUCAUGGUCAGUGGAAGCAUCAUGAUGUCAAGGUCAAGGACUCUAAGACCCUUCUAUUUGGUGAGAAACACGUCACCGUUUUUGGUGCCAGGAACCCAGAGGAGAUCCCGUGGGCUGAGACCGGAGCUGAGAUCAUUGUGGAGUCAACUGGGGUUUUCACUGACAAGGAAAAGGCUGCCGCCCACUUGAAGGGAGGUGCAAAGAAGGUCAUCAUCUCAGCCCCUAGCAAGGAUGCUCCCAUGUUUGUUGUGGGUGUCAAUGAGAAGGAAUACAAACAUGAGCUUGACAUCAUUUCCAAUGCUAGCUGCACUACCAACUGCCUUGCUCCCCUUGCGAAGGUAAUAAACGAUAGAUUUGGCAUUGUUGAGGGUCUAAUGACCACUGUACACUCCAUCACUGCCACACAGAAAACUGUGGAUGGGCCAUCUAGCAAGGACUGGAGAGGUGGUAGAGCUGCUUCAUUCAACAUCAUUCCUAGCAGUACAGGAGCUGCUAAGGCUGUCGGGAAAGUAUUGCCCGUUCUGAAUGGGAAAUUAACUGGAAUGGCUUUCCGUGUUCCUACCAUUGAUGUCUCUGUGGUUGACCUUACCGUUAGGCUGGAGAAGGCGGCUACCUACGAUGAAAUUAAGGCUGCUAUCAAGGCGGAGUCUGAGGGAAAAUUAAAGGGUAUCUUGGGUUACACUGAGGACGACGUGGUAUCCUCUGACUUUAUUGGUGACAGCAGGUCUAGUAUUUUUGACGCAAAGGCAGGAAUUGCUUUGAAUGAUAAAUUUGUUAAGCUUGUCGCUUGGUAUGACAACGAGUGGGGUUACAGCUCGCGUGUGGUUGAUUUGAUCGUUCACGUUGCAUCUACCAAGUAAGAUGGCAAGACUUGCGAAUAUGAACUGUGUGCUUAUGGUGUCCUGCUUAGCUAAUACUUAAAACUCGUGUGUCUUCAAUGGUCGUGAAAGGCAGCGAUUGAGAAUAAAACUGGGGCUUUUCUGUAAGUCUUUGGUGUUUUGUGUUAUGAUAAAGUCUUUACCAAGUCUUGUAUUUAGAGUUUAUAGGCACGAUGUCAGGGAUCCUCGAGUUUAUCUCCAGUUUAUCUGUUGAGGAAGUGGUCUCUGAAAAGAGUAUUAUCUGCUACAUUGUGUUUUGUUUUAUCAACUUACAAGUUACAACUC